CUGCUGGAAAUCGAACCGCUUCAGUGUCGUAAAUGGGAAGCGCACAAGACGGUGGCAGAGCCAGUCGGGUCUAGAUGGAGCUUCACAGCCGCACCAUGCCGUCCGGGUCCAGUCGGGUCUAGAUGGAGCUUCACAGCCGCACCAUGCCGUCCGGGUCCAGUCCGGUUCUGUGGAUUACACUUUUCCUUCUUUUAUGUUCGUACGUAGACAGCGGCGCUGCGCAGAACGUCAAGGAAGUGAUCCUGUUGGACUCCAAGGCGCAGCAGACAGAACUGGAGUGGAUCUCCUAUCCUCCCAACGGGUGGGAAGAGAUCAGCGGACUGGAUGAGAACUACACACCAAUCCGCACCUACCAGGUGUGUCAAGUUAUGGAGCCCAAUCAGAACAACUGGCUGCGGACUAACUGGAUUGAGAAAGGUGAUGCCCAGAGAAUUUUUGUUGAACUGAAGUUCACACUGAGGGAUUGUAACAGUCUGCCCGGCGUGGUGGGAACAUGCAAGGAAACAUUCAACUUAUAUUACCAGGAAACCGAUUCAGAGGUUGGGAGGGGCUUACGGGAGAGCCAGUACGUGAAGAUCGACACCAUCGCUGCAGACGAAAGCUUCACGCAGGGCGAUUUGGGAGAGAGAAAGAUGAAGCUGAACACAGAAGUGCGAAUUAUCGGGCCGCUGUCGCGGCGAGGUUUUUACCUGGCCUUCCAGGAUGUAGGGGCGUGCAUCGCCCUGGUGUCUGUCAAAGUGUACUACAAGAAGUGUUGGUCUAUCAUCGAGAACCUGGCCACGUUCCCAGACACCGUGACGGGAUCAGAGUUCUCCUCGCUGGUAGAGGUCGAGGGCAUGUGUGUGAACGACGCCGAGGAGGAGGCAGAGAGCUCUCCCAAGAUGCACUGCAGCGCGGAGGGGGAGUGGCUGGUGCCCAUUGGGAAAUGUGUGUGCAGAGCCGGAUUCCACCAGAAAGGAGACACGUGUGAACGUGAGUGUCUGCAGCGCUACUUUUGUGUUAACGUCACACUUUCAUGUCACAGUAUCACACAAAAACAAACACCAAAAAGAAACAAACAAAAAUGCCCCUAAACAGACAAAACAACAACAACCAAACAGACA